AUGGGUGGGGACCGAAGGCAGAUGAUGGAGGAUGCGGCGGAUGACAAGUUCCCGGAGGGGUUACGCAUCCUCGUCGUCGACGACGACCGCGUCUGCCUCACGGUACUAGAAGCCCUCUUGCACCGUUGCAAGUACCAACCAACGACGGUGAUGGAUGCAAAGACGGCGCUGAGGAUGCUCAUGGCAGGGAAGCAGCAGUUCGACCUCGUCAUCACCGACGUGCGCAUGCCGGACAUGGACGGCUUCAAGCUCCUCGAGCUCAUCCGCCUCCAGAUGGAUCUGCCCGUCAUCAUGAUAUCCGUUGAUUGCAACAAGAAGGUUGUGAUGAAGGGGAUAGAUCAUGGCGCGUCUGACUUUAUGGUGAAGCCAGUGUGUACUCAUGAGCUCAAAAACAUAUGGCAACAUGUUCAAAGGUGGAGAAAUCCCAAAGCAAUAAGCCACAUCGGCGAUCAUGACAGUGAUGUCCAGAGAGUUCAACCAGCGACUGCUGACAAGAGUAAGUUAUUGGGAAAUAAGAGAAAUGCUGGAGAUGAUUCUAACAAGCACAAUGAGAGCACAUGUAUAUCCGCCACCCACAGAAAGCCCAGGGUGACAUGGACAAUUAAGCUGCAUAACAAGUUUCUAGAAGCUAUCAACCAGAUUGGCCUUGAUAGGGCUGUUCCAAAAAAGAAGUAUAGAUUGCACUUAAAAAGAGUCAACUCAAAUCCCUCUGGUGAUGUAUAUGAAAGAUGGAACUCAUCGUACAACAUGAACAACAAGGGCAAUUUCAUGCAUAAUCAUGAACAUGGAAGAUGGAGUGCGUCCUCUGGCGACACUGCCUCUUGGAGUACAAACAACUAUGGUGCAACGGGUCACUUGGCUCCUCCGAUGAACACCCAAAGCAACUUCUACAUGGGUCGGCUUCCUAUGCAAAUUGAAAAGGCACCAUUCAUAAGCAACACCACAUCAGUGGGAGGCUUCACUGAGCAGAUGGCACCAUUUAACAUGCCAAGCAACACAAGCUCAGUAGGAACGAUGUUGAAUGGUAGCUCUGCACUUGAUGCAAGUAGAACUUCAACUAAAGAUACUCAUCUAGUCAACAGUGAAAGAACUACUUCGAUGCUUCACAACCUUCAGACAGACGAUUUCUUCUCGUUGACUCAGCUGCUUGAUUGCGGGGAUGGAGGUAGUAUUCUUCCUAUGCAAGAAGGCGCACUUGAUCAUCAACCUCUUAAUGAUCAACUGAAUGAAAUCAAUGCCUUCUCAAUCGAUGAUAUACUUUCCAACAUGAACCUAGAAGAUUUCACAGGAGAUGACGCUAUCGUGGAGGAACCAUGA